ACACACACACACAGUUCCAUAUAGCUCCUCAUUGGAAAUUUAAGACAACCGGUCUCCGUUCUGUAGCUCCUGACCAAAAAGGAUUACAUAUCUGACAGUCUCCAUGGCUCUCCUGUACUGUGUCGUGUUGGUGCUGCUGUGUGUUUUUGACUCUGCCUCAGCCACUGUUAUAGCUGACAUGGACUAUGGAGGUGUUCCUCUGUGGAUUAAUCGCCUGCUAGGUGAGCCCAGUGUGCUGAGCCUGCAGGGACGGAUGGACCCAAUCUGGUUCCGAGCCAACAACCCCCAGGCCUGCCCUCAACAGUGUGACUGCCCCAUCCAGUGGCCCACGGCACUUUACUGUGACCACAGAGGCCUGACAGACAUCCCUGACAGCCUGCCGGAGAGAACUCAGUACUUGUUUCUCCAGCGCAACAACAUCUCGUCCCUGUCUUCCUCUUUACUGGCCAACAUUACAGAUCUACGCUGGCUCAUCCUGGACCACAACCAGCUGCAGAGUGACAAGCUGGACCAGACCGCCCUGCAGAACCAGAGCCAGCUGUGCUACAUUUUUGCCAACCACAACCACCUGACAUCAGUGCCCAGCGCUCUACCAGCUGGACUCAAGCAGCUGCGACUGGCCCACAACCAAAUCAGCAGCAUCAGCCCUGGAGCUUUCCAGAACCUGCACAACCUGACGCUGCUGCUGCUGCAGGGAAACAGACUGCAAACCAUCACAGAGGGAGACCUCAAAGGUCUGGUCAGUCUGAAACAGCUUGACCUCAACGGGAAUUUGUUCUCAUCCGUCCCCCGGCAUUUGCCCCCUUCUGUCCAGCAGCUCUAUCUGUCCAAUAACACUCUAACUGGGUUGGAUGAGGACAGUUUUGUGGGAUUUCUCAACCUUAAGUACCUUCGUCUAAGUCACUGUGGUCUGAAGAGCCGCAGUAUCCACCCCAAGGUUUUCAACUUCUCCAGCUUGGUGGAAUUGGACCUUUCUUAUAACAAACUCACUACCGUUCCCACAGUCCCUACCACCCUGCAGUACCUCUACCUGGAGGCCAAUAAAAUACAAGGGUUCAACAUGACUAGUUUCUGCAGAGACGUGGGACCUCUGUCCUACUCUAGGAUGAAGGUAUUACGACUGGACGGAAACAAGAUGUCCUACCAUCAACUGCCCCCUGACUGGGUCUUCUGUCUGCGGGUGCUUGAAAGUAUUUACAUCUGACUCCAACCUUGCGAACAUGCAUCAAAAAUAGAAUUAUUGUAUUUGACUGGACAACCUCAACCUCUAGUGAUUCAAAGAAAAAAACGUGACUCAACUAAGGAGUUGUUUUAUUAGCCAACUCGUCAUUUGUGAUGUCAAACGACUCAGCCUUAAAGCUAGAAACCAGAGACUCUAAUUCAUUAUGUCUUCAAUAUCUAGAUAUGCCAGGCUCUGAGGGUAAAACUGACCUUCAAAAGAUGCCAAAGCUUGAACUUGUACACUAAACCAGUGUUAUUUUAUCAUAAUGCCAAAAGUCCUAAUCAAAACAUUUCUCAUACCACCAGUGCAUUCCCAUGAGCUUCUCUCUCUCAUUCCAUCUUUUCCAAGUUCUGCCUCAGCAGGGUUGUACAUCUGUGUGUUAUUACUGAAUAGGAACUGUGACAAACCCUCAUUUCUGACUGUAGAGAAUAAUAUGCUAUGGUUAAACUGAGCUGUGUUGUGGGGAAGGGGAAACAUGUAUGAAUGGCAAAAUUCAGUAGCUUUCCCGAGAGAGAGAAUCUGACUCAGUUAGCUGGACAGUGUUAAACAGCCACACCAGUCCACACGUGUGUUUUGAUGCAGCUAUUGAAAAUCAGAGGUCCAUGAUCCUAAAUGUGACAUUUGGUUUGUACAAGCAACAGAACAAUAAAAUGGACAUU